UCUGUCUCUCUUUCUCUGUUUAAAGAUCAACAAGUAGGUACAUGCGUUCCGCACCAAUGAUCCUCUUAUGUUUUGUUGAGCGCAAAGAUCUUGAGAGUGGCUUUUGAGGAAGAUCACCAAUUGCGGCCCUGAUCUUCACCUUUUCUUUCCUUCUUCUCUUCUUCUUGUCCGCCGCACUCAUCAGGUGGACGUCAGUUCGCGAUGUUUGUGUACCUCAGCAAGAAGAUCGCCAUCCCGAACAACACGAGACUCAAUUGCAUUUCGUGGAAUCGAGAUCAGGGAUAUGUGGCUGUUGGUGGUGAUGAUGGGCUACUCAAGGUGCUCAAACUCGAGGCAGCUACCCAAGGAGGGCAGGCACGUGGUGGCCUGGCAGCUCCCAGCAAUCUGUCCAUGAAUCAAACACUCGAUGGUCACAAGGCGAGCGUCCAGGUGGUUACGUGGAAUGAGACACAACAGAAGCUCACCACAUCCGAUCGUGAUGGUGUCAUCAUGGUGUGGAUGCUGUACAAAGGCUCGUGGUAUGAGGAGAUGACGAAUGACAGGAAGAAAUCCACCGUCAAAGGAAUGUCCUGGACACGCGAUGGCCAGAAGAUUUGCAUCGUCUACGAGGAUGGUGCAAUCAUUGUGGGUUCUGUCGAUGGGAAUCGCAUUUGGGGCAAAGAACUCAAGGGUACCCCACUCACGGGAGUUCAGUGGAGCCCCGAUGGGCGCUUGUUGCUCUUCAGUGUUCGCUCCGGGGAGUUGCAUCUCUACGACAAUCAGGGUGCUUUUGUGAUGCGUCUAAGUGUUCAAUGUGUCAACCUCGGGCCAUCGAGAGCCGUCUCCAUUGCUGCAUGUGUGUGGUUCACGGGACCAGCACCAACCAAUCGUCCCGUUCUUGCCAUUCUCUAUGAAAAUGGGAAGAUGCAGCUGAUGCGGAAUGAGAAUGAUGAUCUCCCAAUAAUCGUGGAUACACAAAUGCAGGCAAUCUCCUGCCAAUGGAAUCACGAUGGAUCCAUCCUGGCGGUUUGUGGGAUGAAAACUUCAAUGGCAGACAAGGAAUCAAAUCAAGCAAUGUUCUACUCAGCCUAUGGUGUGCACCUGCGCACACUGAAAGUUCCCGGGAGGGAAGUAACAUCCUUGUCAUGGGAAGGUCGUUCCCUGAGGAUUGCUUUUGGCGUGGAUUCCUUCAUCUACUUCGCCAACAUCCGCCCGGAUUACAUGUGGUGCUCCUUUGGGCGUACUGUUGCCUUCCUUCAGGCAGAUUCAGGACGUGAUGGGGCUGUAUUCACCUUUUGGGACACUGCAUCCAAUCAAUGCUUCAGCAAAACCGUCGAUGUACCCCUUUGUGUGGCUGCAUCGGCAGAUCAUUGUGUUAUUGCCGUAGAGGCACCGAGGUUAGCUUCACGGGAUGCCAAUGUGUCCGUUGAGACGAAUUUUGGGGAUCAUCCCAUGUUUCAGUUGCUUGUUUGUAACUCCAUGAGUACAACUGUUGAUUCCAGAUACAUUGAUCUGUGGCCGCAUUUUGUUGGUAUGAACAGCACCCAUGUUGUCGUUGCGUCCAAGGAGCAAUUCCUCCUGUGGCCGUAUCGUACCCCAAAAGGCGUGUCUGCCCUCCCAGCAGCAAAAUCCAAGAGAGAACGUCGUUUCCAUGUGGAUGACACCCCAUCGGGAGUUGCUGAGGUGCUCAAUGAUCUCGACCGGAGUGGCUUUGAAGUUCCAUCUGCAAGUGGUGGCACAACGGAUCCCAUUUGCUGUGUUGCUGCCUCCGAGAAGGUCCUGCUAGUUGCUCGAGAGAGUGGCACUGUGCAGGAGUACACAAUCCCCCAUGUGGCGCUCCUUCAUCGACACACCGUACCAGGGAGGGCGUACAAAAUUGCCGUGAAUAGCAAUUCAAGUCGUGCAGCUGUUAUCGAUGCCACUGGGGUACUCACAACACUUCCUCUUGGUGGCCGGGAUGCACCCGGUGGGCAGGUGGAACGUAAAGAUGUGUGGGCUAUGUGCUGGGCACGCGAUAACCCCCAACUUCUGGCAAUAAUGGAAAAGACACGAAUGUACGUGCUUCGUGGUGCUGAUCCUGAGGAACCCAUUUCCUGUUCUGGAUACAUUUGUAACUUCCAGGAUCUCGAGAUCACUGGAGUCCUCCUGGAUGACAUUGUGAGCGGCAGUGCUGUCCCAAAUAAUGCCGAGCAUAUCCUUCAGCUUCGCGUAAAGUCCCUCCGUGACACGGAGGAGCUUCUCAAUCACGUUGGCAUUGCGGAGGCAAAACAAUUCAUUGAGGAUAAUCCCCAUCCAAGGUUGUGGCGUCUCCUAGCCGAAGCAUGCCUCCGGAAGAUGGAUCUCGAGACAGCAGAAGCAGCCUUUGUGCGAUGCACCAACUACCCAGGAUUGCAGCUAAUCAAACGACUGCGCACCAUCCAGCACGAAAGCUUGCGCAAAGCGGAAGUUGUGGCAUUUUUUGGGGAUUUUGACGAAGCUGAGAAGCUCUACAUUGAUGCAGAUCGCAGGGAUUUGGCCAUAACGCUGCGUCAGACGCUGUGCGAUUGGUUCCGGACGGUUCAGCUGUACCGCAUGGGCCCGGGAAUAUCGGAUCAGCAAAUGGAGCAGGCAUGGCGGGAGAUUGGUCACCAUUUUGCCCAUCUGCGAUCGUGGGAAAGUGCCCGGGAGUACUAUGAGAAGGCUCACUACAUCGAAGGGUUAAUGGAGGCUCUCUACCAGCUGGAACUGUACGAUGAGCUGGAGUCGUGCGUGACACGUCUGCCCGAGGGAUCACCGCUACUGGCACGCCUUGGCAAUAUGCUCUCCUCCGUGGGGAUGUGCGAUGCAGCUGUUGGAGCUUUUCUGCGUCUUGGCGAUGUGAAAUCUGCGGUGAAUUGCUGCGUAGCCCUUCGGCAGUGGGGAGCAGCAGUUGAGCUGGCUCAGAAGUAUCGAAUGCCACAGAUUGGUGCCCUCCUGGCAAAGCAUGCGGCGCAAUUGCUGCAAGAUGGCCGACUUCCGGAAGCUGUUGAGUUGCAGCGAAAAGCCGGGAGGUUUCUGGAUGCUGCUCGGUUGCUCGUGCGCCUAGCUGAGGAUGAGGUGACAAGGAAAGCCGACAGGCUACUCAUCAAGAAGCUCUACGUGCUUGCGGGGCUUCUCACAGAGGAUCACGUCAGUGUCCAGUGUUCCCUGACUGGGAAUAGUAGGUCAACAGUCAUGACGCACUUAGCUCCGGAGGAUGCUCUCCUCAUUGAGAGGAUCUGGCAAUUUGCUGAAGGCUACCAUUUCCUGCUACUGGCACAGAGACAACUUAAAUCUGGGCUAAUGCACAGUGCUGUCCUCACAUCCCUGCGUCUGCGGGAGUAUGAGAAUGUUCUUGAUCCGGAGGAGAUCUACGGCCUCCUUGCACUUGCCAGCUGUGCUGAUCGCUCCUUUGGCACAGCCUCGAGAGCUUUCAUCAAGCUCGAAGCUCUGGAAUCGCUGCCUGAGCCACGUCGGGCGGAAUAUGAAGAACUCGCCGUGGCAAUCUUCUCAAGGCACGAACCGAAAGACACGCAACCCGACAGAGCGUCGUGCUUCACGUGUGAAGCCCUCGUACCGGAUGCCAGUGCAUCCUGCCCACACUGUGGCACACGUUUCCCAGCGUGUGUUGCCUCCGGGCGAGCACUGGUGAACCCUACAGAUGCCUGGCUGUGUUCAGUGUGUCAUCAUCUUGCCAGUCCUGCUGAAAUUGCCACACGACGCUCAUGCCCUCUCUGCCACGGGCUGAUCGGAGCCACUUCGUCAGGAGCCAGAGACAGUACGGAUCUUUAGAAGGUCUGUUCGUUACUCCUGAUGUCUGAAGCCACUCAGGAGGACAUUUUAUUUUUUAAUAAUUUAUAUCUUUGAGUGAAUAAAUUACUGGAUAAACCAGUUAGUAAAACUUCAGUAAAA